AUGGAGCCCGGCAAUUAUGCCACCUUGGACGGGGCCAAGGAGAUCGAAGGCUUGCUGGGAGCCGGAGGGAGUCGGAACCUGGUCGCCCACUCCCCACUGACCAGCCAUCCAGCGGCGGCGCCUACGCUGAUGCCCGCUGUCAACUACGGCCCCCUGGAUCUGCCAGGCUCUGCGGAACCGCCAAAGCAGUGCCACCCAUGCCCCGGGGUGCCGCAGGGGGCGUCCCCAGCUCCGGUGCCUUACGGCUACUUUGGAGGCGGGUACUACUCCUGUCGAGUGUCCCGGAGCUCGCUGAAACCCUGUGCCCAGGCGGCCACCCUGGCCGCCUACCCUGCGGAGACUCCCUCGGCUGGGGAGGAGUACCCCAGCCGCCCCACCGAGUUUGCCUUCUACCCGGGGUACCCGGGACCCUACCAGCCUAUGGCCAGUUACCUGGAUGUGUCGGUGGUGCAGACCCUGGGCGCCCCCGGGGAGCCUCGCCACGACUCCCUGCUGCCUGUGGACAGUUACCAGCCCUGGACCCUCACCGGUGGCUGGAACAGCCAGAUGUGUUGCCAGGGAGAACAGAACCCACCGGGUCCCUUCUGGAAGGCGGCAUUUGCAGACUCAAGCGCACAGCACCCCCCAGACGGCUGCGUCUUCCGCCGCGGCCGCAAGAAACGCAUUCCCUACAGCAAGGGGCAGCUGCGGGAGCUGGAGCGCGAGUAUUCAGCUAACAAGUUCAUCACCAAAGACAAGAGGCGCAAGAUCUCGGCGGCCACCAGCCUCUCAGAGCGCCAGAUCACCAUCUGGUUUCAGAAUCGCCGGGUCAAGGAGAAGAAGGUCCUCGCCAAGGUCAAAACCGGCGCUACUCUGUUCUACCCACUGGUCUCAGAAGUCCGUAUCCCCAGCUCUUCAAUUUUGACGCAGCCCGGGCUGGGCGAUUCCGGCAGACACUCUGCCGACAAUCGGGCUCACAAGCGAGAAUUCGAGAUGACCCGCUGCCGGGCCCACGUUCCGAGCCACCGAGGAGCGGGCCGACUCGAGGGGGCCCUGGCCACGCUCUCGAAGGCCGCUCUGUCUCGGAGCAGGCUCUCCUUCUCCAGGAAACUCUGGGAGCUCGCCAUUUCAGGGAACCCCGAGGGUGGAUUCGGCUUUAACCCCUCAACAGAGCCUCUGGCUUCAGGAUGCUUGGGGCCUCGGGCCUCCGGGGUUGGAGAGUUCGGGGCUGCGUGUGAGAGCACCCGGACCCAGAGUCGCCUGGAACUGGGCCAGGAUUCCCGAAGCGGCCCAGCGGAGAGCGAACCCGAGGCUCCAGCUCCGGGGCCCUUUAGUUGUGCUGGCAACCGCUUCCCGCCACCCUGGAACUCUGGGGGCCGCAGCCGACGACUAUCUGCACCGUCGUGA